AUGGAUCCUAGAAAGAAUUUAGACGUAACGAAAAUAUUAUCGACAAAAGGUGCUGCACUUUUAAUGAGUUUAAAAGAUCAAAAUAAUUCUCUCGUACAAAUGAUAUUAACAAAAGAUUUACAAAUUAAAAAAUUAAUAUCAGAAAUCAAAACGUCAAAACUUUAUUCUAAAAAACCGGAAAUGAAUAAAACGGAAAUGAACAAAUUGAAAAAUUUAUUGAUGAUUAAAUCGCAUCAUCAAGAAUAUUUAAAAAGGGAAAAUAACGAUGAGUGUGAUGAUUCUGGAAAAAAAAACAUUUCGACAAACGAACCGUUAAACAAACAAAUCGACGAGUUACAAACAAACGUGCAAACGCUAAAAUCACACGUUAAUUAUUUAAACGAAUUGUUGAUAAGAAAAAAGUAA